UUACGUUUGGAGUAGGCGGGGCCUGUCUGUUGUAGCGUAGCCCAAAAAGGCAAGAACGCCUAGCACGGGAGCUAACUGUGUAUUUUUCUACUCCAGCUCGUUUAGAGGAUUAAGUUAUGAACAACGGGGGCUUCGCAACCGGUCGGGGGAAGCGGCCCGCGGUUCCCGAUAAAGUCGACAUGUCCUUGGAUGACAUUAUUCGGUUGAACAAAAGAGAGCAACAGUAUAAAAGGAGACAGGCCAAUGUGAACCGCCGACCAGUCAAGAAGAAAGGCCGUUUUAACCAAGGGAAAGGAGUUUCACCGAGGACUGCAGGACCUGCUCAAAGAGUAUAUUCAGUUUUCUCACCAGGAGGUGGCGCACCACGAGGAGGAGCACCUUCCUUGAGAAACAGAAGAGUCCCUCCGCUGCAGGGUCGAAGACGGGGUCAGGGGGUCAUCACAGGCCUGGCGUCCAGGAGGCCAGCUGUCCUGAUCAAACGGACCGGCACACUCAACAGAGCAACAGGCGGUCAGAAGCCAAGGCAGAAAACAAGGCCGUUCAUCCAGCACACAGAAGCUCAGUAUGUGAAACCAGAGGCACAGAGGUGGCAGUACAGACAGCCUGAUCCACAGAGGGGCCAGAAUGCAGCACCAGCCAGGAGACCUUUCCAGCUGCGUCGACGACCGCUGCCACCUGUCCAGCACAUGCAGAGGGAAGCACGUCAAGCCACAUUUCUUUUUCGCAGGGGACUCAAGGUACAGGCCCAGGUGCAGAAGCCAAAUCCCCCCACCCCUCCAGCCAGCGCACAUCAUUUGUCCACCAGGUGGCACACAUCGACAGCCAACAGCAGAAUCCUGACAGUUUCAAUUGACAACCCCGCAGCCAGGACUCAGCCUGAGCCUCCCACUGCGUGGACUCUGCACCCUCCUCCUGCUAGCCCUGCUCCUGUCAAGGUGGAAACGGUGGAGAAGAAGAUACCAAAGGGAGUACCGCUGCAGUUUGACAUCAACAGUGUUGGGAGACCGCAAACAUCAAUGACCUUAAACGAGCGAUUCCGCAUCCUAAAAGACCAGCGCGCCGCCACAGCCAAAAACACUAAAGGUAGCAGAUUUGUCACUGUGGGUUAGCCUGCAAGAAGGCAGAGAGAGAGAGAGACGGGUAAUACUCGGAGGCUCCUGUUCUGCUCACACCCACACAGUCAACCCCACCUUUGUGAUGGCUGGGCCAGUGCUGACCUGCUGACUGACUUUUACAUAACGAGAGGAGGGAAAGCCAGAAGAGGACAGAUGAGCACAACAUGCUUAAGAGUGAGAACUUGCGAGCGCCGAUGGAAAAUAAAUUCCCACUCGUUGUCCGUAUCGUUGUACUCAGCUGUUUGUACCGUGGAUGUUCUACACUGGGAGAGACAUUUGAACUGAUGACACUACAUGAAGACUGAGAGGGUCCGUGUGUAUUUGCUAGGAUGGCACGUUUUGACCUGUGUUUUGUAACUUUUCCUUUAAAUAAAAGAGUUUCUCUUCAAA